AUGUGGAAGGUAGCAAGUCUGGUUCUCUUGCUCGGCUAUGCCUACGGAGGCGACGAUUCCAAUUUCAAGUUGAUCAACAACCACUACAGCAAUGUCCGGAUCCAAGGAUUGGCCAGAGGCGAUGUGAUAAAGUUCACCGGAACUUUGGAUGUCAUCAAAAAUGCGACGGCCGUCUUUUCGAUCAUUGAUUUGGAGACUGGAAAGCAUGAUCUGUUUGUGGAAUUGAAUAAUGCUGAGAAGAAAAUCUACGUUCAAUCGGAUAAGGGUAACAUCUUGGUGAUUUAAUUUAUGGGAUAAAAGUAAUCUUGUACUGAAAAGUCUUUAUUGGACUGGAGGAAAAAUUAAACGGUGGAUAGUCAGCAUAAAUAUUAGCAGGGUGUAAAUGAAUAAUAUAAAAUUUAACAAAAUUUAUUUUUGAAUUUUUUCUUGCUGUUUAAAACCAUUAUAAUUUUCAGGUUCGCUCCAAACCAAAGAAAUUCCUCCAGGACCCAAAAACCCCGUCUCAGUCCGGGUUCAAGUGCUCAAUUACAACGUCGCUCGAAUUUAUGUUGGCAGAAAAGUGAUUGGUGACAUCGAGACCGGCUACAUUGGAGGUCCAAAAUAUUUUGUGACCACCGGAAAUAUCCGGGAUCCCAAAAUCAAUGUGGAUGAAGGAAACAGGCUGCCAAUUUAUAAACGAGGAAUUGACUUUAGAACAGGUAAAAUACAUAGUAGACAAAACUUCGAAUUUAACGUUUCGGAAAGUCGCCUUCAUUCCAAUAUCAAUUUAUUUUGAAUUAUAAUAAUCUUUCCAGGAAUUCUGAUGAUUUAGCGUACAGGUUUCUCAUCAAAAAAAAUCACUUUCAUCGGGCUUACCAUAAAAGUUUUAAAAUCGAAAACAGAUUUUAAAAAUUUCUUUGUAAUGAUAAUCCAGGCUAAUCGAAAACUUGAGGUUUUCGUCGCGGGACCAAAUCAAUUCGUUAUCUCUAGCUGUAAGAGCAUUGAUAUUGAAACAUUGCGUCAACUCCGAUUAAUUUUAGUCUUAACCUAUAAAGCACAUGUUAUCAGCCUGUAUUUUGUUUCAAUUUAAGCCCAGCUUUAUAAAUCUAACAUCGAUCUUUACCAUUUUAUUCCACGGAUAAUUUUACAGGAGAUGUUCUCAACUUUGACGUCAGUGUCCGCAAGAGUGAUCUUUACAUCUACCUCUUGGCUGACGAGGACUUGGUUGGCUAUGCGUUGAAGACAAACCUCCAAGAGCAAUCCAUUUCUUUCUCCAAUAAUCAAGGAGAUCAAUGGGGUGCAGAAGAAACCUACAACGUCACGAAUCUGAGACAGGAUUCCAUUGUAAGCAUUCGGCUUGAAAACGAAGAGGACGGCGUUAAGGCUACCAUCAACAAUAAACAGAGUUACGUGUAUCCUCAUCAGAUCGACAAACCCGAAUCUGAAUACAGAACUCUGUUUGUGGACUCGAUUGAUGCGUCAGUUCGAUUCUCGGCCACCAAGAGAAAGGGAGACGAUUCGGAUGAGGAUUUGAAAUAA